CGACGAUACCGUGGAAGGCUCGGAACGACUACACUACAAAAAAUGUGGUUUCUUAAUUAAUUAAACUUAAUGUAUUAUUAAUUAAACAAUUAUUAGACUAGUUGCUGGUCACUCUAUGAAGUUUUGGGCCAGUGAGACUGGCUCGGCCGACCUUGGUACGGAAAGCAUUCCGUAUCCUCACUGCUUAGAACAACAAAGCAACACCAGCGGCAGCAGCAGCAGCGGCACCGACGAUGUUAACGUUGGAGACACCGGCGGCGUUGGAAGAAGAGGAGUGGUUGGAUCCGUUAGAACCGUUAGAGCCGUUGGAAGCGUUAGCAGCGGAGACGGCAGUGGCAGCAGUUAAAGCAAUAGCGACUUGUUUGAAUUGCAUUUUGAACUUAGGUGGAUGGGUAAGAAAGAAAAAAAACCAAAAUUCGGAGAUGG